CAAGAUGGUGACAGACGUGCAGCUGGCGAUAUUUGCCAACAUGUUGGGGGUGUCACUCUUCUUACUGGUGGUUUUGUACCAUUAUGUUGCUGUUAACAAUCCCAAGAAACUGGAGUGAUGCUCCGUGUGGAGAGAACAGAGGUGGUGUACAGGGACCAGACAAACAUCAGACACCGAGAAUGGGGAAGAUUCAGCCUGUAAAUUUACGUUUUGUAUGCACAUUAUGUUAAUAAACAUGUCAAAUUGUGA